AUGUUGUCCAACCGCCAUGCUUUGAAUAUUGGCCACCGUUCCCCUUCCUCCCCCCCCUCUUCAGUCUUGACUUUUUACCUUCAUAUACAUAAUAACUUGAUCAUCAAGCCCUGCUUUGACGGCGAUCGGGACGGCUGGAACGGACAAAUCAAAGUGUAUAGUUUCCCAAUCGGCUCUCGUCGAAGGACACACCUCAACACGCUCUACCCCCUCACCCCACCCCGAUCUCCCGGUGUCCAGGGCGCUUGGAGAGCCCAGAUUGCGUCGGCACGAGACCGUCUGGCUGGGCCGAGACGACUGAGACGGCAAAAUGUGAAAGAUCAAAUCGAAGUGGACCUCCACAGGCCCGAACCCUACCACCGAGUCUUGAGGACAAGGCAACUGGAUACCUCAAAAGGCCGACUCCGAAUCCCACCUCUAAACUGGUCGCCCUCCCCCUCAGCACAUCCGAUUUAUAAAUCAAGGCAGAGCAGGCCUCGCCUCCAUACCACCCCAUAG